AUGAGUGCGAGCACUGAAAACAUCAACAGCACCGGUGAUUUCACGAAGUCGAACGCCCACCUUACCGACGACGGGGAAAAGAGGACAUGGCGAGAAAAAUCGAAGCGCGCGUUGAAGGGCAUCAAGUGUUGCGUACGCGAGACCACGGUCGAGCCUUGUUUGUUUACUUUCAUGUUGUGCACAGCUUUAUCAUCGCUGGCGGUACAGAACAUGCACUUAGAGAAAUCGUGCAGAGUAAAUUUUCAGUACAGCGACGACAUAUGCGACAGAAUCCGGGAUCGAAACACGACUGGCCUUGAAAAGGAAGUGAAUGACGUGCAGAGCCUAGUGGCGAAUGUUGUCGCCUGGAAGUUUCCUCUCCAGACGGCGAUACCGGCCUUGAUGGUGCUUUUUAUUGGGGCGUGGAGUGACAAAACCAAGAAGCGAAAGAUUUUCAUACUGUUCCCGUUCACGGGCGAGAUUGUCGCCAAUAUCGGCCUCUUAUUUGCCACAUACUAUUUCAAGGAACUGUCGUUGACAGCAACUGCGCUGAUCGAAGCGUUGCCGGCUGCUUUUACCGGCAGCUACAUAAUAAUCUUCAUGGGCAUGUACAGUUUCAUGUCCGACAGAACAACGGUUGAGAACAGGACUUUCCGUUUAGGCAUGGUUACGAUCUGCGUAAGCUUGGGCACCCCCACAGGAACCGCGCUAAGUGGAAUCUUGCUUAGAAUGUUAGGAUACUACGGCAUGUUUUCCCUGCUGCUAUUGCUCCAUACGUUCUCUUUCGUUUACGGUUUGUUUAGACUUGAAGAUGUUUUGCCACCAGAAGAAAAGUGUGAGGCCAUCGGUGAAUCAAUUGGCAGUAAUAGAUUUAACAGAAAAAUUAAAGAAGUGUUCAAGCUUGUGGCGGAAACCGUAAUGGUUGCCUUAAGGCCUCGAGCUUUCGGUUUGAGAAUGCAAAUCAUUUCAGUAAUUCUGUUGUACAUUCUAAUGGUGGGACCUCUUUAUGGUGAUUCGCAAGUGAGUUAUUUGUAUGCAAUACGCAAAUUCAACUUGAACGAAGUGGAGUUCAGUAUUUACGGCGCCAUCAACACCAUCCUCGGCUUGAUAGGCACUUUUUUUUGCGUAACGUUUUUAAGUAAAAAACUGGAUGUUCAAGACAGCGUAAUUGGCGUUUUGGCUGGCAUCAGCAGAAUAGCGUCGUGCUUCGUCUUCGCUUUCGCUCCGAACAGAGAAUGGUACUACUCCGCCCCACUAUUCAACAUAUUCAGUCACACCGGCCUUACAGCGGUUAGAGCAAUUGCUACGAAACUCGUGCCUACAGAGGAAGUUGCGAAAUUAAGCUCACUAAUGGGUGUCACAGAGGCUAUAGCGCCCUCGAUAUACAUGCCAACGUCGAGUUUCAUUUAUAUAUCAACAAUUGAGACAUUUCCAGGGGCAUUUUACUUAUUCGACGCAGCUCUCACUGUGUUUGCCCUGGGCCUGUUCAUAUUUAUAUACGUUUUAACGAGGCGACAACGUGCGGCAACUGUAACGGAUCCCGGUAGAAAAGAGGAAUUUGCAAGAACCAAUGAAGUAUCCAGAUUU